CCACAGAAAUCAGUACAAAUUACUGUAACACUAAUUCUCCUUUGCUUUGUUUAUAGAGUGAUUCGCACUAUUGGAUACCUGCUGUUUAUUCUCCACCUCAACGCUUGUCUUUACUACGUGGCAUCAGUCUCCCAGGGCAUCGGCUCCACCAAAUGGGUUUAUAGUGGAAAGGGCAGCGCGUAUUUGCACAGUUACUAUUUUGCCGUGCGGACUCUUAUCAACAUCGGUGGUCUGCCUGAGCCGCAUACGAUCUUUGAGAUCAGCUUUCAGUUAACAAACUUUUUCGUUGGUGUCUUUGUCUUCUCAAGUUUGAUUGGACAGAUGCGAGAUGUCAUUGGCGCUGCUACUGCCGGUCAGACCUACUUCCGUGCAUCUAUGGAUGCUUGUGUGGCGUAUAUGGUGACCAACCACAUCCCUAAGAUGGUUCAAAGUAGAGUGCGCACCUGGUACAACUACACCUGGGACUCCCAGGGCAUGUUGGAUGAGUCUGAGCUGCUGGGACAGAUGCCUCUAGUGAUGAGAACUGCCAUCGCGGUGGACAUCAACCUCGCUACUUUCCAAAAGAUUGAACUCUUCAAGGGUUGUGACAACCAGAUGCUUGUGGACAUGUUAUUGAGAUUGAAAUCCAUUGUGUACUUGCCUGGAGAUUUUGUGGUCAAGAAGGGUGACAUUGGGAAGGAAAUGUACAUCAUCAAAGCUGGAGAAGUGCAGGUCAUCGGUGGACCAGAUAACAAGAUUGUGUUUGUGACUCUGAAAGCAGGCUGUGUGUUUGGGGAGAUCAGUCUGCUUCAGUCUUCAGCCAAUGGAGGAAACAGAAGAACGGCUAAUGUAGCGGCUCACGGAUUCGCAAAUCUUUUCGUAUUGGAUAAAAAGGAUCUCAAUGAUAUCUUGAUUCACUAUCCUGAGUCUCAGAAAGUGCUGGCCAGGAAGGGACGUAAGCUGCUGAAAGCCAAGGGUCCUCCUCCAGCUGCAAAAGCCGACGAGGAAAAGAAGAAAGGCCUGGCUCUGUUUGGACAAAAACAUCCUACUCCAAAAAUGUUGCGUGCCUUUGCAGGAGGAACAUUCACCAAAAAGGGAUUUCUGGAUAGACUUAAGAACGCCGCUUCAAAUCAGUAGUAGCACAAUAGAUCAUUUCUCUAUAUAUUUCUGCUUUUUUGACUGCUAAUAAUAAAUGUAUUUGUUCACAUUUUGGAAAUGAGUUUCCCUGCCAACAGCAGUACUUGCCAAUCAGUCAGAUUAAUAAUAGUAAUACAGGAAUUACAUGAUUGUUAUUUGUUAACAUUCUUCCAAAUAGAUCUAUUUUGUACUAAUACUUAAAUAAAGUACUUGCUUUGUUAUUUCA